GAGGGACUGCUAUCUCAGGUAUUUUCUUUUAUUUCAUUGAUCCAUCCAUUGUUAAUAUAUAUAGAGGAUCGAUUUUAUAGCUUGCUUCGAGCACAAUGGAGCUUUUGUACAUGAUCUUAAUUAGUUUUGUGCUUGCCUGUGUUUCUCUCUGCUAUGUUUUUAACCAUAUUCGUGUCGCCGCCGGCAUGAGAAAGGAAAAACUUGAUCGUCAUCCGCUCCCACCAGGAAGCACAGGAUGGCCAAUCAUCGGUGAAACCCUAGAGUACCUGCGCACGGCCAAAAAGGGUGUCCCGGAAAUGUUCAUGUUAGACAGGAUUAACAGGUACUUGUCAUCCGCUGGCAACUCUUGCAAAGUUUUCAAGACAUCGUUGUUGCUUCAAGACAUGGCAGUGCUAUGCACUGCGGGCGGAAACAAGUUCCUCUUUUCGAACGAGGAAAAACUGGUCAAGUCGUGGUGGCCGGCUCACUUGGAUAAGAUUAUCGUUGGCAACUCAGAAAAAACACUCAAUAUCACUGAGGAGUCUAAUCGAUUUCGCAUGAUUCUCGCUCCGUAUCUGAAGCCUGCCGGCCUCCAACAGUAUGUAGGAACCAUGGAUUCGGUCACCAAAAAGUAUUUGGUUACCUUUUGGGACCAUAAAGAUCAAGUGAAGGUUCACCAACAUGCAAAGAAAUAUGCGUUUACGUUGGCAUGUAAACUCAUGUUAGAUGUGGAGGAUCCACAGAUGUGGAGGAUCCACAAGUAUUGGACAAACUAG